AUGCGCCCAGCAGCAGCAGCACUUCUGACCCCACUCCUCCGGCGCAGCGUCUACAGCGGGCGAAACAGCACAAACAUCGUCACUACUACCACCACCACCACCACCACCCUUCGCGCAAGUACAGCGUCUAUUACACAGUUCAAUCCCCCCCAUUCGUCCGCUCAGCAGAAGAGAGCCAUGGCCAGCACCAGCAGAGGCAUCAAACCGGCACGAAGAGUCACUGGGCAGCGGAAGGAUGUUUGGUCCACCGUGAAUGAAGCCGCAGCGGAGGCAGCUGCUGAGGGGAAAGACGUCAUUAACCUCGGCCAAGGGUUCUUCGGCUACAACCCCCCGGCAUUCGUCCUCGACGCCGCCAAACAAGCGCUCGACCGCGUCGAAUGCAACCAAUACUCGCCGACGCAGGGCCGUCUGCGGCUCCGCCAAGCGCUGUCCAAAGCCUACUCUCCCUACUUCAACCGCACGCUCGACCCCGCCUCGGAGAUUGUCAUCACCUCCGGGGCCAAUGAGGGCAUGCUCUCGGCCUUCAUGGCCUUCAUCGAGCCCGGCGAUGAGGUCAUCGUCAUGGAGCCCUUCUUCGACCAGUACAUCUCCAACAUCGAGAUGGCCGGCGGCGUCGUAAAGUACGUCCCGCUGCACCCACCCGCCAAGGGCGACACACAGACAUGCCCGGCCAGCGACUGGAAGCUCAACCUCGACGAGUUCAAGGCGGCCGUCACCGACAAGACGCGGAUGGUAGUCAUCAACACGCCGCACAACCCCAUCGGGAAGGUAUUCUCCAAGAGCGAGCUGGAGGGCAUCGCACAAGUGUGCGUGGACAACAACAUCCUCAUUCUCAGCGACGAGGUGUACGACCGCCUCUUCUACACGCCCUUCACGCGCAUCGCAACGCUCUCCGAGGCCGUCAACAACAUCACCAUCACCGUCGGCAGCGCCGGCAAGAACUUCUACUGCACGGGCUGGCGCGUCGGCUGGCUCAUUGGCAAGCCCGAGCUCAUCAAGUACUGCGGCGCCGCGCACACGCGCAUCUGCUUCUCGUCUGUGUCGCCGCUGCAGGAGGCGGCCGCCAUCGGCUUCGAGGAGGCCGAUGAGCGCGGGUUCUGGGACCAGAGUAAGGCCGAGAUGAGGGCGAAGAUGGACAAGUUCAACGAGGUGUGGGAUGAGCUUGGGCUGCCUUACACUGACCCCGAGGGCGGCUACUUCGUGCUAGUGAACCUCAGCAAGGUGAAGCUUCCCGAGGGCUACCAUUUCCCGGCACAUGUAGCGGAGCGCGCGCGCGACUUCCAGCUGGCGUGGUUCCUGAUCAAGGAGCUUGGGGUGGCGGCCAUCCCACCAACAGAGUUCUACACGGCCAAGAACGAGAAGGAGGCGGAGAACUAUCUGCGGUUUGCGGUGUGCAAGGAUGACCAGGUGCUGGAGGCGGCCAAGGAGAAGUUGAGGAGGUUGAGGGAGUUUAUGUAG